ACGGAUUGGGGGUUAUUACAAGGAGGAGGGGGAGGAAAACUCACAUCCCACUCCAGUCAGUUUGGUAGCGACUCUCCGUUCGUUCACACAGCUCGUGCUUGCAGACCGGGGUCAGUGUUUACGCACGAUGUUCGCACGGGGUUGACAAACCACAGUUGUGCUCCCAAAGCGGCGUGCGUAAUGCAGUCAUGAGGUUUACCUGAGCCGGGCAUGUAGUGAGCCGGGUUCCUGGGCGUGGGAAGCAAAGAAACAAAGUAAGCAGCUUGUCUACUUAUGCGGCGUGGCGUGGGAAUAUUGUUUCACUAAACUUCAGUUCCAUCUAAUUUCCUCGACGCGAAUGGACACUCAUUUUUGAACUCUACGCCUUGAAAUAAUUCGCGAGCGGGACACCAGGAUGUAGGUUUAAAUAUCUGGGAAGUAUUCACUGGACACCGAGGACAAAUUUCAAUCACUUUGGGGAAUACUGUGAUUGCAGAAAACGCAGCAGUAAUACAAAGGAACAAAGUGUGAGGGUGUAAGCAGUUGGACCGAAGCCCUGGGGUCGCUCAUUUAUCCUGUCACUCUGCAGAAAGCUGGGCCGAGCGGGGAGAGAUCGGGUGACCACGGACCCCUACUACAGGCAUGAUGGGGCAGUGGUGGGCAGACCUGUUUGCUCUUUUCAUCCUUGCAACAUCGUUCCUCUCAACUUCUCAAGCUAAAAAUAAAGAAUUUCUAUCAACCACUCUGAUCAACAAUGUGGUAGCAGAUCCCAGGAAUGGACGUCUAUACGUGGGGGCCGUGAAUGCCCUUUAUCAGUUGAACUCUAACCUAGAAGUAGAGUCCCAGGCUGAGACUGGACCCAAGCGGGACAAUCGCCAGUGCACUCCUCCAGUCACUGAUGCCUGUGAGGAGGCAGUGGACACAGACAACCACAACAAGCUACUGCUGGUGCACAGUGCCAACAAUGUCCUGGUGGUGUGCGGCAGUGUGUUUAGGGGCAUCUGCUCUCUGAGGAACCUGAGCCACGUGGAGCAGCGACUGUACUUCAGUGAUACUAAAGGAGAAAAGUCCUAUGUGGCCAGUGCAGAGGAGAGCGUGUCUGUGGUAGCUGUCAUGUCGUAUUUUAUGAAGGAUGGAAAAAGCUUACCAGUUUUCUUGGUGGGCAAGGGCUACGGCAGCCAUGACAGUACCAAGCUGAUCUCCACACGUAUUCUGCAGGACUAUGGGGACUGGGUGAUUUUUGACAGUAUUAUUGAGGCCUCAGCAGUGCAGGCUAACCCCUUUGUUCUGCGCUACCUCCACGACUUUCGUUUUGCCUUCAAAGAUGGUGGCUUUGUGUACUUCCUGUUCUCUCGGACACUGGGUGUCCAGGACACAAAGAACUUCACAUUUAUCUCCAGAAUGUGUGUGGAGGACGAGGCAUACUACUCCUACACUGAGCUUCAGCUCAACUGCAGCACAUCAAACAAGUACAACAAAGUCCAGGCUGCCUAUGUGUCCACACCAGGAGAGGUCCUGGCACAAAAUAUGACCAAAUCAAACCAGUAUGGGCAGGUUUUUGCAUCAGACAAGGUGUUGUUUGUAACAUUCACUUCAGAUGAAGAUUCACAUUCUUCUGCCAUGUGUAUGUUUCCUCUGCUCUCUAUUAAUAAUCGGUUGGUGGAGAUCAUUGAUGCUUGCUAUAGCGACAGUGGUAUCAUCAAAAACAAGCCUGCAGUCUACUCUCCUUACUCCUCUAAGUCAGAAGAAUUGUGCCUUAACACUAACCAGAAUAACAUGGCUCUUACAUACAAGUGUGGAGCUGAGUUUCUGCCUUCACCCCUGGCCAGUAAGGCUGAGUUUGCCUUAAGCUCUGAGCCUGCAUUUACCCGAAAGGGCCACAUGACAUCAGUGGCAGUAGCAGUUGAAAUGGGGCAUGCUGUGGCGUUCCUGGGCACCUCUACUGGAGAGGUUCUGAAGGUACACCUCUCGGCCAACCCAGAGGGCAAUGUACAAACACUGACUGAAGCCACGGGUGAUAAGGUCAACAAGGACCUGCUUUUUGACUCCAGCCUUGAGCACCUGUACAUUACCACAGAGAAGAAGAUCACUAAAGUUCCUGUUCAGGCGUGUCAUUUGAAGACAGACUGUCAGUCCUGUAUCUCUUUGAAGGACCCAUACUGCGGAUGGUGUGUCCUUGAGGGAAAGUGUACUCGUAAGCAGGAGUGCAGUAGAUCUAUGGAUGAAAACACCUGGCUGUGGUCUCCUAAUCAGCAGUGUGUCCAGAUCAAGGCCUUCUCUCCCCCGAACAUCAGUUGCAAGAAGACCCAGCAGGUGGACAUAAUUAUCCCCUCCCUGCCUCGGCUGAGGUCAAAUGAUACUCUACAAUGUGUCUUUGAUUUGUACACCAGUGAAGCAGCAAUGGACAAUUAUAAUAAAGUUGUCACCUGCUCAUUGCCUGAACCCUUCAAUAUCCCACCUACUCCAGGACUGCAGGAUUACGUGUCUGUUCCUGUAAAGGUCAUGGUAAAUAAAGAUAUAGAGGUGACAUCGAGCCAGUAUCACUUUUACAACUGUGCCGCAACUGUCAGAAAGAGCCCGAACACACCGUGCAUCUCAUGUGUGACCAGUGACUGGGGCUGUCAGUGGAAUGCCCAGGAGCACAGCUGCAGUGACCAGGAUGACUCUGUGCACGGGAGACACAUAAUCAAACCACAGCAGCCGGACAGCUGCCCUCAGUUCGAGUCCCCAGAGCCUUUGCUGAUUCCUGUUGGCUUUGAAAUCCCCAUCAGUUUCCACGGCCGAAACCUGGGCUUCUCUGGUCAGAGGUUUACCAUUGGAACGGAGCUAAUGAAGAAUACAGAACAAACAGUUAUUCAAGGGGAGGGCUCCAAAUUCAAGUUCAGAGGAUACAAGUUUGCCUAUGACAAACAGCAAGAAACAAAUGUUACAUUCCACAUCAAAGACCAAAGCACAGAGAGGAAGAUUGACAGUACUCUGACAGUGGUGCUGUAUAACUGCUCAGUGGGCAGGGAGGACUGCAGUCUUUGUAAACAUGCUGACUCUAAAUACCAGUGUGUUUGGUGCGCCUCCUCUCACACCUGUGUUUACCACAACCUGUGCCUGUCUCAGCAGCCGGAGCUCUGCCCCAACCCCGAAAUCACAGAUAUCAUCCCUCGUUAUGGCCCCCUCAAUGGCCACAUCUCAAUCACCAUCAAAGGUUCCAACAUGGGCAUUAAGAAAGAAGACAUCAAGAAGAUUACUGUUGCCGGAGUUAACUGUGUGCACCAGGAAGACAGAUACUCUGUCUCCACAAGUGUGGUGUGUGAAAUCGGCCCUGCAAAGCGAACGCCUCCAUCUGACGUCCCUUUCCCACCGCGAAACCAAGGCUUUGUGAACAUAGAAGUGGAGGGGGGCAGAAGUGGAACAUCACAGGUCCUUUUCACUUACCGGGACCCCAAACCAAACUAUGUAAAGCCAGGCAAGGGUCCAGCAGCCGGAGGAACAGUCAUCACCAUUGAAGGAGAAGACCUGGACACAGCAACUAAAGAAGAUGUGGCUGUCAGUGUCGGAGGAGUACCAUGUGAAGUCCUGUCAUUUGGUAAACAGAUCACAUGUAAGACGGGCCAAUACCGUGGACAGAAGCUCCCAUCUGACCACCUGACAGUGACUGUGAACUAUGGAAAAAACACCACAAAAGAUGUCCCAGCUGCCUACCAGUACUCUGAGAACCCCAAGAUCACAGGCUACAACCCCAAGACCAGUUUUGUGUGUGGUGGCCGUAGUAUUGUUGUGACUGGAAAUGGAUUUGACUUGAUUCAGAGAGCCACAAUGAAAGUGCUGCAGGACACCACACUUAUUGAGUUUGUGCAAGAGGCGAAGAGUAAAAACGACAGCGUGCUUCACUUCAGCUCUCCUGCAGUGAACGGCUCUGUGGAGUCCAUUAGGACUGUGCUGCAGCUGGACAAUGUGGUAGAGGAGCUCAAGGACUUCAACUAUCACCUGAACCCCACCUUCGACCGGCUCAACAAGAACGUCAUUACAGAGACCAGCAUCAUCAUCGUCACUGGUCGUGGAUUCUCAAAAGCCAUGACAGCCAAAGAGGCUCAAGCGUUUGUUGGUGAUGCCACCUGUCAUGUCAAUAUACUGCAGGAUGAUAAGUUGAUCCUCGAGGCUCCUUCCACUCAGCCUCGAGCCAGAUCCAAACGCCAACGCAGAGACACAACCAAUGACCCGCUCGAACUCGUGGUGAAAUUUGGGGAUGGCGAAUGGUUGGUGGGCUCAGUGUAUUAUGCAAGAAAAGAUGACAUCCCCCUGGGUAUUAUCAUCCCUGCAGUAAUUGUUCCUAUGCUUCUCUUCAUUGCAAUCUCCGUCUACUGCUACAGGAGGAAAAGCCAGCAGGCAGAACGCGAGUAUGAGAAGGUCAAACAUCAGUUGGAAAAUCUGGAGGAAAGUGUGCGAGAUCGAUGCAAGAAAGAGUUCACAGAUCUGAUGAUUGAAAUGGAGGACAACACCAGUGAUUUGAGUGAGGCCCGUAUCCCCUUCCUUGACUAUAAAACCUACACGGAUCGCACCUUCUUCUUGCCGUCUAAAGAUGGCGCCAAUGAUGUCAUGAUCACAGGGAAGAUUCAAAUCCCAGAGAACCGCAGGGCAACUGUGUCCCAGGCCCUGAACCAGUUCUCCAACCUGCUCAACAGCAAAACCUUUCUCAUCAAUUUCAUCCGCACUCUGGAGAGCCGCCCUGACUUCAAUGCCAGAUCUCGUGGUUAUUUUGCCUCUCUCCUGACGGUGGCGCUACAUGGGAAAUUGGAGUACUACACUGACAUCAUGCGGACACUGCUGCUGGAGCUAAUGGAUGAACAUGUGCAGAACAAAAACCCCAAACUCAUGCUCAGGAGGUCAGAGACAGUGGUGGAAAGGAUGCUUUGUAAUUGGAUGUCCAUUUGUCUCUAUCAGUUCCUCAAAGAUACUGCAGGUGAGCCAUUGUACAAGCUGUUCAAGGCCUUAAAACACCAAGUAGAGAAGGGGCCAGUGGAUGCCAAGUUGAAGAAAGCCAAGUACACAUUGAAUGAUACAGGGCUGCUGGGUGAUGAUGUGGAGUACUCUGUUUUGACAUUGCAGGUACUGGUGCAUGGAGAAGGACCCGACGUGACUCCUGUAAAAGUGCUGAACUGUGAUACAAUCACACAGGUGAAGGAGAAGAUUAUUGAUCAGGUGUACAGAAAUCUUCCCUACUCUCAGAGGCCCAAAGUGGAGAGUGUUGCUCUUGAGUGGCGUCCCGGCUCCACUGGUCAGAUCCUGUCUGACCUUGACUUGACCUCACAGAAAGAAGGGCGGUGGAAGAGACUCAACACUUUGGCUCAUUAUAAUGUUCGAGAUAAUGCCACAUUGGUGCUGUCCAGAGUUUUGCACACACAGGCGUUUCACCAGCACCAGGACAGCUAUGAAGAAAAAAAUGCACUGUUAGAAGAUGACAACACCUAUCACCUGGUCAGAACACCGGAUGAAAUUGACGAAGGAAAGUCUAAGAGAGGCAGCAUGAAGGAUAAAGCCAUGACGAAAGCCAUUACUGAAAUCUAUCUGACCAGGCUUCUGUCUGUCAAGGGUACUCUGCAGCAGUUUGUGGACGAUUUCUUCCGUAGUGUGCUCUGUUCAGGUUCAGUUGUCCCACCUGCUGUGAAGUAUUUCUUUGACUUUCUGGAUGAACAAGCACACAGACAUGAUAAUGUUGAUGAGGAGACGUUACACAUAUGGAAGACCAACAGCUUACCACUGCGGUUCUGGGUGAACAUUUUGCGGAAUCCCCACUUUGUCUUCGACGUGCACGUGACGGAGGUGGUUGAUGCUUCGCUGCACGUGAUCGCUCAGACUUUUAUGGAUGCCUGCACCAAGUCUGAGCACAAACUUAGCAGAGAGUCUCCAAGCAACAAGCUGCUCUAUGCAAAAGAAAUUUCCACAUACAAGAAGAUGGUAGAUGACUACUACAAAGGCAUUAGACAGAUGGUUUCUGUAAGUGACCAGGACAUGAACACACACCUUGCCGAAGUGUCAAGGCAACACACAGACAAGCUGAAUACCCAGGUGGCCUUACAUCAGCUCUAUCAGUACGCCAGCAAAUACUACGAUGUGAUCAUUGAGUCACUAGAUGAAGACCCCGCUGCGCAGAAUAGACAGCUCACCCUUCGGCUACAACAGAUCGCAGCUGCUCUUGAGAAUAAAGUCACUGACCUUUGACCUCUGAUCUCUUCAGGAAUUUAGAGCAGAGAAACAAAAUCACAAGAUGUCACGUUUGAUGCUCAAUUUUACAGAAAGACUGUAGUUUAAGGAAGCUGUAAUGACUUAAGUUGAAGAUGACUUUUUGUAAGUGGAAAAAAAGUGAAGCGCUUAUGUCCACGACGUGGUUUUUGCAUUCGUUCCAGAACAGUGCAAGGAGGAGACAUGGUGCCUACAGCCUGCGAGGACAAACUCUGUGAAAGCAAUUCAUUUUAAUGGCAAACUUUUUAAAAUAUUUGUUUUGACAAUGAGGACAUUCACACACAAACUUUAAUUUGCCCCAUCAUGAAGACGUGCCUGGUGAGUGUUCAAACAAUAAUAAGGACCUUAGCAUUCAGGCUGGAUAAAGCAUUUUAUGACACUUAUCAAUUUAAAAAGGACUUUCCUGCAGACAGAACUGUAUUCAAACAUCAUUGUGUAGUAUGAGGUAAAUCCUUCGGUAAAGUGAAACAAUUAUGGUACAUGCCACUUCUGGGUCAAGAGACUUAAAUGGCAAAUGAGUGUAUUCAGGGUACAGCAUAUUUUUAUUUCAUUAUUUCCAUAUCAGGUUUGUUUUAUUGGUUGCAGUUUUAGUAUAUUAAAUUAAGGCACAGAAUUACACUUCACAGGGUAGAUGCAGUAUUUGCCAUAAUCCAGUUUUUUGGGUUUUUUUGCUUUUUAAGGCAACAUGCUACAAUCAUUUGUGUGCAUAUCAAACAUCAUUUUUAUUUUCUGUUGAUUAUGUUGUUGAUAAUGUUGAACAUUUUACUUGCUGUGAAAAGUGUAAACACGGCUCUGAGCAGCCAAACAUUUUAAUUGUUAAAUUUUGAUUCUUUUUUAAUCCUUUUACUUUGCCAAUAUCUUCAAGCAGCAUUUUCUGUUUCCAGCAGACAUGUGGAAAGUGAAUGAAGUGUCUUUUGAAGACAGUGCUGCCAGACUCUUUAGAGUCUCACAUUAACUGUUCAAUGAAAGUGUCUUAUUAGACACCUUAUGAUCUGUCCAUCAUGGGGUGUGUGCCUGUAACAGUGAAUUGAAAUUUAAGUCAACGGUACAAAGUUCUUAAGCAUAUAUGAAAUAUGUUUUAAAUUGGUGUAAAUGCUGAAUGGAUUGUUUGUGAAACACACUACCAUCUUUCUUUGUGGCGAUCGCUUCCAUUUUGUUGGUUUUGUCUUUCAUAUUGCAACAUCUGUGUGUUUUACCUUCAAAAGUAAGCAGAAACAUGCUCCUCUUAAAUUUGGUGCAUUCAGUUGGAUUCUUAUAGACUAACUGAUCGCAACUUCACAGAAUCAUGCCAUUUUCAUCAAUUUCAUGGAAUCUUAUCUAAACGAUUGUUGUGAAUUGUCUGUUCUUUUCUUCCCAUCACCUUGGCUACUUUCUGCCUUCUUCCUGUCACCAACAAGUGCCUUAAUAAUUUUCAAGAAUAAGAGACACAGAAAAGCCAAAUAUAAUAAUAGAUGGAUAAAAAUGAAGCAUUUUCCUCAGCAGUGAUGUGUUAAAACCAUUCUACUCAAAACAUCCAGCUCUGUUAAUGUUACAAAACCUGACUUCUUUCAACUUGACAGCUCAAAUGGGUUUCAGUUUCUUGUGCAAGUUUGUUUUGGGGAUUGUGUGGAUCGCUGUCACUUUUUUUCCUGUAAUAAGUGAGAUGCCAAUUAUGAUGCUGCCAGUUUGACACUCACACCACCACAUUUCCAUAAAACUAAUAACAUGGAACAAAUGUUUUCAAAAGAUGCAAGUGUUGUAGGGUUUAUGGUACUGAGUUUAGACUACAAAUGAUCUGAUGAAUGAUUCUUUUUGUAAGAGCUUCAGAGAUUUUGAAUUAGGCUAUAGAUGUUUGAUAAAUGUUAUUACAUUUAUAUCAGUAUUUGAAAGCACACAAUGCCCAGUAGUAACUUACAAAUCUUGCUCGAUGGUUUAUACCAUGCUUUACAUUACAUACUGCAUAUUCAAUAAUUAUUCUUGUAAAAAAAAUCUGUGUAAGAAGAAUAAUUACAAAUAAUGAUGUAGGACAAAAUGGACAAAUUCAGGCUUAAAUAGCUCGCCUGAGUUGAAGCAAUGCCCAUAUCAGUGACUCUUCUGAAGAAGUGGAGAAGUGGGCAAAAUGUAUAGAUUUACAGAUAGCCUAUCCAAUAAAUUAUGUUUUUACAAAUGUU